GGCACUUGAAAUGUAAGAAUUGUGGAAAGGAGUUCUAGAAAUCCGUUACGUGAGAAAAUCAAGGGGUGUGACAAAAGUGAAACUUAGUUAAAUAACACUGCUUUUGGAAAUCUACAAUAACGCUAAAAUGAAUAACGAAGUUACAAGAGUUGCUAGGAUGGAGAGGGAUUUAUUUAAGCAAUUCUCAGCUGCUGUCAAAUCGUUUGAGAGUAUGCUUCAUGUGAAGACCAGUCACCGCGUUUAUCUCAGUUAUCAGGAUCAUCUCGUUCACCUCCUCAAAUUAAUCGCUGCUUAUCAUAGAGCUGGACUCCUCAGCAAUGAUUUCUUCGUUUUGAUGAGGGAAUCUUUCAUUGUUGUAGAAGAAGCCUGCUAUACCAGACCAGAUUCACCAGAGCAUCACAAAAACUUUUUCAAAGAAUUCAGAACAGUUAUCGAAGAAUACAGGAAGAUGUACAAGAAGCACACCUAGAUUAGUCACUCGUAAGAUAUACCGUCAUCGAAAGAGGCAUGCAAGCAUUCUAAUACCCUAUCAAACCAUCAACAAUUUCAAUUGUAUUACUAACAAAUUC